ACGACGCCUUCCUGCGGCAUUAGCAGUCUACUCAGUACCUGGUAAUCUGGCGGCCUAGCUUGCCGUGGAUGUAUCAGUCAAUGCCGUCAGGCAGGUUCCUUCGGACCCUGGCCCGACCCUGUCGGUUCAUCGCCCAUCGCCGCUAUCCCGCCGCGGUCCUCACCCAUUCACGACGAUUCCACCCCUCGCCAGCAUGGCUCUCAUCCACCCCUUCUGAUCCGCACCACCCCCAUGAUUCGGCGAAAGACACUAUCACUGGUGGAAUUCCAACCCACAAUGCUGAGCCAGACCUUUCCCAGCGCAAUACCACCGAGACCAAACCGGCGUCAGACAAAAAUGAGCAGAAGGACGCGAAACCCUACGGCUCGGCGAUCCGAAGAGCAAUGAGGAACCGGAAACCUUCAGCAGAAUUGGCUGAUCCUGCUCCCACGGUACCCGACUGGUUUCGUGAGCGCAACAUCGUGGUCCAUGAAAGGAAGGGCGACAGCGCUGGGGUCUCCGUACAGCAAGUGCAGAUUCGGUCGUCAUCGGAAAUCAAUGCGGAGAAAGAGUUACCCGUGGAACAACUCGGUCAAGGUGGAGAGGGAGUAACCCCGCCAUCAUCUGGCGAACCUGCGCCACAAGAAACACGCUAUGCCUUGACAGAUGCGAUGUGGGAGGAACUUUGCGCGUCCGCACGCGCUGGUAUGCGUCUGCCGCCGGCGAGAUACGCCCAGGAACCCUCAGCCCGCAAAUCACAUCUGGUGCUGCACUAUCCGGGCGCGGAUGGGAUAUUGUUUCUGGAUGCGAUAGUGAGUAGGUUGGCGCAUGAGCUCAGUGCGGACCUGGUGACGCUGAACGCGCAGGACAUCGCUGAGUUAUGCAGUGAGCAGGACCUGGCAGACACCGGUCUCACUAACCCGAUCAGAUCGCUCGGAUACGAUGUAUAUCGACCUACCUCGCCAGAUGCUUCACUGGACAUGGCCGAUCUGAGCGAGGCCGACAUGGAAGACGAAACCUCGGACCUAUCACCUGGUGUUCGGGGCGCACGCCCAAGGUUCAUCAUAGGAAGUUCACGAGAAGGUGUUGACGUACCUCUGCCUAGUCUCGUGGGAUUAAAAUCGUUGGUGGCCUCGUUCAACGUCCCAUCAGAUAACGCGACGAAUUGGGGACAAAAUGCCGCAUCGAAAACAGAGGCGAGGCGACUUCGACUUGCCCAUGAGCUCAUUUCCCCUGCUAGCAAGAAGCCUGCCCCGUCAACUCCGAAAAAAGCGAAGGACGACACGUCUACUAAAUCGCAAGAUCCCGAGCCUGGCGAGACCAACACUGCCCGCGACGUUAUCAUCCAGGUUCAAGACUAUGGUGAAAUCCAAAACACUCGUGAGGGCUCUAAGUUUAUCGCCCUCUUGCAGAAAGCGAUCGAAGAGAAGCGCAAGGCCGGGUCUCGGGUCUUGUUCGUCGGGACGGUCGCACAAGAAGCUGCACCUGACUCCGAUGCCUCUCGGUUGAUGCAGAACGCUUUCGAUGAUCAAUUUUCUCAAAUGGUGCUUGUGACGCCCGCCAUGGGAUCAGAGGCGGCAGCGCGUACAUUCGCUGAGGACCGCCGGAAGCGGACGACAGAUAUCAACAUCCGCCACCUCCAGGAUAUGCUUCGCACCCGACUCAGUGAACAAGCCUCCGCACUUAAAGACGAUAUCUUCCGUGAUCGUUCCUGGCCACUGGAGUCAUCCCUUAUGGAGAAGAGUGGUUUGGAGGAGCGGUAUUGGGCCUAUACUCAAGUUCACUGGGCCUGUACUCUCGCACUUGGUUCUCUCAAGCCCGGUGAACAAUUCGGUUUCGAGCACAUCUGUCGAGGGAUUGAGAUGACGCAGCAGAGCGAGCGCGCCAAAAAUGAUUGGCUGCAAGAAAAAGCGCCUAAAGCCAAGACUGGAGAUGCAGCGAAUGAUCGGGAGCGCUUGCUAAGCUCUUUACGCAAAACGUGCAACUCGCAUGAGAAGAAAUUGCUGAACGGAGUUGUUGAUGCCCAAAGCAUUCGGACGACAUUUGCGGACGUCCAUGUUCCUACAGAGACUAUUGAUGCUCUCAAAACGCUGACAUCGCUGUCUCUCAUUCGCCCUGAAGCUUUCACCUACGGUGUUCUGGCUACAGACAAGAUCCCCGGUUUGCUGCUUUAUGGCCCGCCUGGAACGGGUAAGACCCUCCUGGCCAAGGCUGUAGCUCGCGAGAGCGGUGCCACUGUCCUGGAAGUCAGCGGCUCGGAAGUUUAUGAUAUGUACGUGGGAGAAGGCGAGAAGAAUGUCAAGGCCAUCUUCACGCUAGCGAAGAAGCUCAGCCCAUGUGUUGUGUUCAUCGACGAAGCUGAUGCUAUUUUCUGCUCCCGGACCGGCGCCAGCAGCCGCACGUCGCAUCGGGAGCUCAUCAAUCAGUUCCUGCGCGAAUGGGACGGGAUGAAUGACCUCUCCGCCUUCAUCAUGGUUGCCACGAAUCGACCCUUUGACCUGGAUGAUGCUGUUCUCCGACGUCUUCCUCGACGCCUUCUCGUCGAUCUCCCCACUGAACAGGAUCGUCUUGCUAUCUUGAAGAUCCAUUUGAAAGAUGAACAUCUCGACAGCUCAAUCGACCUCGCAGAGUUGGCGCGUCGGACUCCGCUGUACUCGGGUUCUGACUUGAAAAAUCUCUCGGUGGCUGCCGCGUUGGCCUGCGUGCGGGAGGAAAACGAACUGGCGACGCAGCACAAAGGCGAAGAACCCUACCAGUAUCCAGCCCGACGCACCCUGACCUGGAAGCAUUUCGAGCGUGGUAUGGAGGAGAUCAGUGCCUCGAUCAGCGAGGACAUGGCGUCCCUGUCCGCGAUCCGGAAGUUCGACGAGCAAUACGGCGACCGCAAAGGACGACGGAAGAAGAGUCCCGGCUGGGGAUUUGUGCCGGCCGGCAUGGACGCAUCGGCGGCAGCAGAGGACGCUGCGCGCGUACGGACGUAACUUAUGGGGCCACCCCGUUGAGUAAGUCUUUGGGUGGAUGUUCUUAUAUAGAUCGUCUGUUAUUCUUCUACUACUUGGCUUUAUAGGUAUAGCAUUGGACUGGGAUGGGAAAGGAAGGCAGGCAAUGACGAUCGGUUGUACACUACUUUAGCGACAUGAAUCUGUAUCAUUACACC